AUGUCUAAAGCACAAAUAGAUCUUGCUAACUUGGAUUUCAGCCAUACCUACUCAAUUGAAGAGUUCGAAUUAAUUAACGAAAAGCUCAAAACAUGCACCUUAGAAGUCAAUGGGCAACCAAAACCUUGUUCCAAUGCUACAGGCCACUCACUGCAUGGUGGAGAGAUUGUCAGACAGCUUGGUAAUUGGAACAUUCAAACUCGACAAAAUGGUGACGUAAAAACAGCACAAGGAGGGUUUAAUUUCAGUGUUGGAGGUCAAAGAACGAUCAGAGCUCCUGAUGUCUCCUUCACACCCAAAGCAGUAUCUCGACGAUUGACUGAAUUACAACGUUGGAAUUUCCAGGGUCAGCCAUUCACUCCCACGUUCGUUGUCGAGGUUGGAGAUACCCAAAGUAGUACAUCGGCAUUCUGGGAGUUAGAUGACAAAUUUAAGCGCGAAUACUUUGCAGUUGGAACAUCUGUACAACUUGGUUGGUUGAUUGAUCCCAAAAUAGAAGAAUCUGGGUAUACAAGCGGGAUUAACAUGGCAAUGUCUAUCGUCGUGCGGAUGAUUGAGGAAGCAAUUUUACAGGAAUCUUCCGAGACAUCAUCAGUGAAUGAAGAAUUGCAAAUUGAUUGCCCUCUAUGUGGCACAACUUUCUCUGAUCAUUACACUUUCACGAAACAUUAUACAAAUGAGCAUGCUCGUAAACGGCGUAGAACAAAAUAG